AUGAUAAUGAGAAAUAGAGCAUUGAGUGAGUGUUAUACUUUGUUUUUCAUCAGAUCUCAUUCGUCCUUUCAAAAUGUUCGACGAAGUUAUUCUUCGGCACCGCCUGCGCAAGUUAAACCAUACGCGUCCAUACCGGGACUGUCCUCGUUGCCGAUUCUUGGUCCUAUACAUCAUUUCUUACCUGUGAUUGGACAAUUCGGACCAGGAGUAAAUAUAUUUGACUUGAUGUCUACCUUGCAUGAAAAGUAUGGGCCUAUAGUAAGACUGCAAGGGGUGUUUUCUAGAGCCGACUUUGUUAUUUUGUAUGAACCAGAACUCAUUGAUCAGGUCUACAGGAGUCAGGAAGCAAAUCCAUUACGACCAGGCUUUCAAACUCUUGAGUAUUAUAGAGAAGUUAUCAAAAAAGGAUCUCUGGAUGGAGUAUACGGACUAACAACCGCACAAGGGGAGAAGUGGCGCGAUUUUCGUACAAAAGUCAAUCCCGCUUUGUUAAAAUUGAAAUUGGUGAAAGUUUAUGCACCACCGCUUGGUGAGAUCGCUCAAGAUUUAGUGCAGAGGAUAAGGCGAUACAAAGAUGACACUCAAUAUCUGGCGAAGAACUUAGACCUUGAAAUUACGAAAUGGUCGUUAGAAUCAAUAGCCUACGUGGCUUUGGGGUCUAGAUUGGGUUGCCUCGGAGAUGAAGUCACAAAGGACCACCCAGGAUUUACACUGCUGCAAUGUAGCAAGGAUAUAAUCGAAUACGUCUUUCAAUUAGAAUUUCUUCCCAGUGUGUGGAAAUACUUCGCUACACCUGCUUAUAAAAAGAUUAUCAGCACAUAUGACAAGCAAUGGGAAAUAAGUACAAAGUACAUUGAAGAGGCAAGAAAGCGAAUUAACGCUAGAGGACAUGACAUUCCCGAAGAGGAGAAGAGUAUAGUCGAAAGACUAUUAGCUAUUGAUGAGAAGGUUGCCAUCUUGAUGGCUAAUGAAAUGCUGUUUGCUGGUAUUGAUACGGUUGCUUUUACAGCAAUCAGUGUAAUUUACAAUCUAGCGACAAAUCCGGAAAAACAACAGAGACUUAGAGAAGAAAUUCGUUCACCUGACCCACAUAAACGAUAUCUUCGAGCCUGUUUGAAGGAAGCCCUUAGAAUGCGGCAUGUCAUCCCGGCUAAUUUGAGGAGGACAGAUAGAGAUCACUUUGUGGCUGGUUAUCAUAUUCCAGCUGGGGUCGAUGUAAUAGCCCCAAAUGAAUACUUGUCAGGUUUGGAAAAAUAUUAUCCAAGGCCCAAAGAGUUUCUCCCCGAGAGAUGGUUGGCAGACAAAUCUGAUCCUAUUUACUAUGGGAAUGCACCUGCUAUUGUGACUUUACCAUUCGGUUUCGGUAUCCGAAGUUGCAUUGGACGUAGAAUUGCUGAAUUAGAGAUUGAAACUCUAAUGAAAAAGCUGUUUGAUGAGUUUGAAGUAACGUGGGAAGGAUCACCGAUAAAAGUUGUGACAAAAGUCAGUAAUAUGUUUCUUGAGCCUUAUAACUUUAGAUUUAGGAGUGUUAAGUAA